CAAGUACAUCCUUGGUGUUUAUAACUAGGAGAAGGAGUUAGGAUAAUAUCCGACCUUAUCAUUGAAAGACAACAUCUGCGUUUAUGUCGUUGGCUGACUUCUGUCUUUCACUUACUUUUACGGCGUCUGUGGAUAUUUUGUCCUAAUUUUCCGUUUUAGGCUUUGGAUAGCGUCUUUCUUUAGCCAAAAUGCGUCUGAUCCAGAACAUGUCUACCAUUGCGGAGUACCCGAGCGCCGAAUGCCCGUCCAAGCGGGUCAUUAAGAUCGCAGUCAUCGGCGGCAGUGGAGUGGGCAAAACCGCGUUGGUGGUUCGUUUCCUCACUAAGCGGUUUAUUGGUGACUACGAGAGAAACGUCGGCAAUCUGUACAACAGAGAAGUGCAGAUAGACGGAGAACAAGUGGCCAUUCAAGUUCAAGACACACCAGGAGUUGAAAUGAAUGCUAAUGGAUUGAGCUGCACUGACCAAGUAUCUCGCUCCAUUCAGUGGGCAGACGCCGUAGUUAUGGUCUUUUCUGUUACCGACUGUCGAAGCUUUGAUCUCAUUGGCCAGCUACACCAACUUGUUACCCGUACCCUUACGGAUAGGUCCUUGCCAAUCAUCCUGGUGGCCAAUAAAGCCGAUCUCCUUCACGUAAGGCAUGUCGAUGCUCAAGAAGGUCCCCUGUUGGCUUCAUCGCUGGGCUGCUCCUUCUACGAGGUGUCCGCCAGCGAGGACUACAGCCAGGUCCACGGUGCCUUCCACAGACUGUGUGUAGAUCUGGCCAAGCAGCAGCCUCAGACCCCCGUCAAUGCAGCUUCAUCUGGAACAGAGAAGAAAAGAUCUCCCCUCAUCCCCCGGCCCAAAUCCCCCAACAUGCAGGAUCUGAAGAGGCGCUUCAAGCAGGUGCUGUCCGCCAAGGUCCGGACUGUCACUUCAGUGUGAAGAGGGUUCGAAUACCAGCAGGAGAAGCAGAACAAAAGUGCAGGAUUAAGAGAGAGGAGAAGAUCUCUCUGAGUGUAUAGGUCUCGCUCCUUGGAAGUUCCUGAGAUCUGUUGAUGAUCAGCAGACCGGUUCCAAACAGAGGCCCCUGAAACUAGACCUCUGAUUGUGUCAUGGUCACUGAAAAACAGACAAACAAGCAGAGUCCGGCGAAGUCUUACAUUUUCACCAGAGCUGGUGGACGUGUGUUGCUGUCACUUGCACACAGCAGCAUUCUGGGAGAUGUGGUCCUAGUUCCUUACAGA